GUCGUGCGGCUCCCCGAGCCGCAGGUUUCCUGCCCCACUUCCUCCUCGUCGCCCUCCUGCUGCGUCGGCUCGCUCGGGCGGCGGGAUGGCGGCGCCGGGGGCCCGUCGGGGCUCUCCUCAGCCGCUGCUCCGGCCGCCGCCGCCGCCGCCGCUGCUGCUGCUGCUGUUGCUGCUGAGCCCGCUCGUGGUGCGUGCGGUGCCCGAGGAAGACCCCGGCAGUCGGAACAAGGAGCCUCCGGCCCCUCCUCAGCAGCUCCAGCCGCAGGCGGCUGAGGCUCAGGGGCCCGAGGCGGCCCGCGCCGAGAAAGGACCUAUACCAGCUUCCCCAAUCCAUAUUAAUAAUGAGGAUCCUGCUGGCCAGACUAAUUUGGGAUUUAUCCAUGCAUUUGUGGCUGCCAUAUCCGUUAUUAUUGUUUCUGAAUUAGGGGAUAAGACAUUCUUUAUAGCUGCCAUAAUGGCAAUGCGAUAUAACCGUCUGACUGUGCUAGCAGGUGCUAUGCUAGCCCUGGGCCUAAUGACAUGUUUAUCUGUUUUGUUUGGCUAUGCCACCACGGUUAUUCCCAGAGUAUACACAUAUUAUGUGUCAACUGCAUUAUUUGCAAUUUUUGGUAUCAGAAUGCUUAGGGAAGGCUUGAAGAUGAGUCCAGAUGAGGGUCAGGAGGAAUUGGAAGAAGUUCAAGCAGAAAUAAAGAAAAAAGAUGAAGAACUUCAAAGAACCAAACUCUUAAAUGGGCCAGGAGAUAUUGAGACUGGUACAAGCACAACCAUACCUCAGAAAAAGUGGCUGCAUUUUAUUUCUCCUAUUUUUGUUCAAGCUCUUACUUUAACAUUCUUAGCAGAAUGGGGUGAUCGCUCUCAACUAACCACAAUUGUUUUGGCAGCAAGAGAGGACCCUUAUGGUGUGGCUGUAGGUGGAACAGUGGGACAUUGUUUAUGCACUGGAUUGGCAGUAAUUGGAGGAAGAAUGAUAGCACAAAAAAUAUCUGUUAGGACUGUUACGAUCAUAGGAGGAAUCGUCUUUUUGGCAUUUGCCUUCUCUGCAUUAUUUAUAAGUCCUGACUAUGGUUUUUAAUGAGCCCCUUCCAUUUGUAUUUAGAGUAUCAGAUAGGCAUUACCUAUCUUUUUGUACAUAGUGUAUACUAAUAGUGACUAUGAAAAAUGCUGUUAUUUUAUAGCAUUGAUUUGUGAGUUUAGCCCACUAUAUGAUGGCAGUUUUACAUGAAAAAGGACAACCAGUGAUUCUAUCUGCAAUGUAGAUUUUUUUUUUUUAAGAUGGUCCCAUUAUUAAAUAUGAAUGGUGAUAUUGCGUUCCCUUUUCCCUGUGCCUAAAACCAGUGUUUUGAGAUCUGGUACUAAACUCACUGAUAGUUUCUAGAACUUUUCCCUUUCUUUUGGAUAUCAUCUGGCAAACCGAAUAGCUUCCUCUUUGAGUGUGUUCACGAUUAAGAUUGUCUUAAGAUUGGCCAAGUAUUAAUGAUAAGAUAUACAUUGAAUGGAAAUGACUCAAGAAAAAAUUUUAAAAAAGAUUUUCUAAAUGUUGGCAUCUCUACCCCAAGCCAACAAUCUUUUUAGAAAUUAGGCUUUUUGGAUGAAACAUUAGAAAGGCUGAUUUCACUGCUAUUUAACAAUAAGCAAUACAUAGGACUUUUGUUUUCCUAGCCCAUUUUUAAAAAAAAAAACUGGGUUGGAAACUCACAAUAUACAGUAAUGGUCAAUAUUUGACAAUGCUGAAUUACCAAAUUAAAAAAGUAAAAUACUGUAUUUAUAUUUUCUCUAUAGCAAAUAUUGAAUGUAAUAUGGAAAUGAUGUAAAUAAAAAGUUGUAAAAACA